AUGUCAUCUUCGAGGCCAGAGCUGAAAUUCUCAGAUGUGUCUGAAGAACGUGGAUUUUAUAGAAGGUUUGUGAACUUGCCAGAGAAGCCAUUCACAACGAUAAGGAUCGUGGACAAAGGCGAAUACUACACUGUCAUUGGUGAAGAUGCAAAUUUUGUGGCGGAGAACAUAUAUCAUACGCAUUCUGUGCUGAAGGAUUGUAAGGUGGAUCCUGUUGCUGCCAAGGAAUUUAAAGGUCCACAGAAAUAUGUUACGGUUUCACCGCAGGUCGUCAGCAAUCUGCUUAAAACUUGUCUUCUAGAGCUCAACUAUAAGGUGGAAAUUUAUGAUAAGCAAUGGAAACUGCUCAAGAGUGCCUCACCGGGGAACAUCGAGCAAGUACAGGACAUAAUGAAUCUUUCUAUGGAUUCGUCCGUCGUAAUGGCAAGUUUGAAGCUACAGUUUAAUUCUCAAGAAGGCUAUUGCGUGAUUGGAGUGUCGUUCGUGGACACUAGUGACUACAAAAUCGGUAUGCUGGAUAUUAUCGACAAUGAAGUGUUCUCCAAUUUGGAGAGCUUUUUAAUCCAACUGGGAGUGAGAGAAUGCUUGGUUCCGGAUGUCAGCAAGAACGAGAAUGUUGCUGCAGAGGUCAAGAAAAUAACCGGUGUCAUCGAGCGCUGUGGUUCGGUAGCUACAUUCGUCAAGAGCCAGGAUUUUUCUGAGAAAGACGUGGAGCUUGAUCUGGCUAAGUUGGUGGGCGACGAGUUGGCGUUAUCCUUGCCAAAACACUCCAAUCUGGCUUUGGGGGCAUGCAGAGCUCUUUUGGGUUAUUUGCAGCUUCUAAGCGAACAAGAUCAAAUGGGAAAAUACGAAAUAGUGCAACAUUCUCUCGAGGAGUUUAUCAAGCUGGAUGCUUCUGCCAUUAAAGCUUUGAACCUUUUCCCACAGAAUCAGUCUCGUUCAUUUACCACACCGAACGUACCCAACGUUUCGUUCGGCGGUCUGGACUCAAACCGCAGCAAGAUCUCAUCAUUAUUCCAAUUGCUCAACAAUUGUAAGACAAAUGCGGGCGUGAGGCUACUCAAUGAAUGGCUCAAACAGCCACUAACUGAUGUUGACAAAAUCACUAAAAGACAUAUAUUGGUUGAAUAUCUCAUAGAUCAAUUGGAGCUGAGACAAAUGCUACAAUCUGAUUACUUACCAUCCAUUCCUGAUGUUCGUCGCUUGACUAAAAAACUGCUAAGGAGUGGUAAUCUGGAAGACGUUCUCAAGAUCUACCAGUUUUGUAAACAAAUACCAGAGAUCACGCAGCUCUUGGAUUCCUUCUUAAACGAUGAUCAGAUUUCAGAGGAGGUCAAGAACUUGAUCAGAAUGGUUUGGCUUGAACCCCUACUUGCUCAGACUGACCCUCUAUCGAAUCUGAAAGAAAUGGUCGAAACUACCGUCGAUUUGCAGGUUUACGAAGAAUGCAACGAGUACAUGAUUAAGGUGGAAUUUAACGAAGAAUUGGCCAGCAUCAGACAAAAGCUCGAUGCUUUAAGGGAUCAAAUCAACGCUAUCCAUCUAGAUUCGGCCGAGGAUCUCGGUUUUGAUCCAGAAAAGAAGCUGAAGCUGGAGAAUCAUCACAUCCACGGAUGGUGUAUGCGGUUAACUCGUAACGAUGCCAAGGAGCUACGAAAGCAUAAACAGUACUUGGAGCUUUCAACAGUAAAGGCGGGGAUCUAUUUCAGUACCAGGCAACUGAAGGAAAUUGCCAGUGAAACCGCAGUUCUACAGAAAGAGUAUGAGAGGCAGCAAUCGGCUCUUGUGAAGGAAAUUGUCAGCAUAACAUUGACAUAUAGUCCGGUCCUUGAACGUUUAUCUCUGGUGUUGGCCAACCUGGAUGUGUUGUGCUCGUUUGCUCACGCAUCUUCGUACGCACCUAUUCCCUACGUUAGACCUACGAUGUGGGCCCUCAAUGAUAAAAGAAAGACACGCCUCGUCAAUUCAAGACAUCCUGUGUUGGAGAUGCAGGACGACGUAGCAUUCAUUUCGAACGACGUCCUGCUUGAUGAUGAGGCAGGCAAUUUCCUCAUCAUUACAGGACCUAAUAUGGGCGGUAAAUCCACUUACAUUAGACAGGUCGGUGUCAUCUCUCUCAUGGCGCAGAUCGGAUGUUUUGUACCAUGUGAAGAGGCAGAAAUUGCCGUUGUCGACGCCAUUUUGUGCAGGGUUGGCGCUGGAGAUUCUCAGCUGAAAGGCGUUUCCACUUUCAUGGUGGAGAUGCUCGAAACUGCAUCCAUCCUAAAAAAUGCCACCCGGAACUCUCUAAUCAUUGUUGAUGAAUUAGGGCGCGGGACAAGCACCUAUGAUGGUUUCGGACUAGCGUGGGCGAUAGCUGAACAUAUCGCUGGCAAGAUCGGCUGCUUCGCUCUAUUUGCAACCCAUUUCCAUGAGCUAACGGCGCUGGCAGAUAAACUGCCCAAUGUGCGAAACAUGCACGUUGUAGCCCACAUCGAGAAAGGUGAGCAAAGUCGCAGCGACAGCGACGAUAUUACACUAUUAUACAAGGUCGAACCUGGAAUCUCCGAUCAAUCCUUUGGUAUUCAUGUUGCUGAAGUCGUUCAAUUCCCACAAAAGAUAAUCAAGAUGGCAAAACGCAAAGCCGAUGAGCUCGAAAGCUUGAAGAAAUUCAAUGGGGACAUCAAAAGAGCAAAGUUAACUCAAGAAGAGCUUUCAGAGGGCAGUAAAGCCCUAAAGAUCUUGCUUAAGGAUUGGGUGCGCCAAUUAAAGGAACAAGGACUUGAAAACCCCGAGAAGUUGUCCGAGCAGGAGUCUCAAGAAAAGAUUCAAGAACUACUCAGGUCAUUGACGCAAAAGGCCACUGCCAGCAACGAUAACUACUUGAAAUAUCUUUCCGAGACGCUGCUAUGA